AUGUCAUUUUCCAUCUUCAGACAAGAGUCGGCCCCUCCCCCGCCUGCUCCCAUCGUCAUCAACAAGUAUUCAGACGAGCGGCUCAGAUUCAUAGUGAAAUCCAUGAGUGAGAGACUGGAGCUCUACAAGGAGAAAGUGACUGAUCAAUAUGCUUCCUCCCCAGAGAUCAGCCCUCCUGUCACGGAGGCCAAAGAGGAGAAAAAAGAGGAGAAGGGUUUGAAGACCAAGUUAAAAGAGGCCGCCUGGUAUUCGGUGGACAUUGUGCUGAAGCCAAUGGAGGCCCUGAUGGACCCGGUGCUGGGGAAUACCAUCGACCCUUUCACAGACCGCCGCUACAUCGCCUGGUUGAGCUUGGUGACGAUGGCCUUUAACUACAACACCUGGUUCCUCACGGCCCGCCUGUGUUUCCCGUACCACACCGAGAGCGCCAUGCCUUACUGGUUCGCCAUGGAUACGCUGGCCGACCUCAUCUACCUCACAGACUCCAUCUUCUUCCAGGCCCGCAAACAGUUUGUCAAAGGAGGCGACAUCAUAAAAGACAGAGAGGUGACAAAGAACAACUACAGAAAUUCGGAUAGAUUCCUGCUGGACACCAUCUCCGCCAUGCCAUUCGACUUGCUGUACUUCCAGUUUGGAUUCAAAUCCAUUUUCAGAUUCAAUCGCCUGCUGAAGGCGGAUACAUUUUUUGAGUUCAGCGAUCGUCUAGAGAGCAUCAUGACCAAGGCUUACAUAUGGAGAGUGAUUCGGACCAUCGGAUAUCUUCUCUUCAUGCUCCACAUCAACGCCUGCUUGUACUAUGUGGCUUCAGACUACCAGGGCAUCGGGGGAACUAAAUGGGUCUACUCCGGUCUGGGAAGUGCGUACCUGCGUUGUUACUACUAUGCUGUCCGCAGCCUCAUCAACAUCGGGGGUCUUAACGAACCCCAUACCGUCUUUGAGAUUACCUUUCAGAUGACUAACUUUGUUGUGGCCGUCUUUGUGUUCUCCAGUUUGAUUGGACAGAUGAGAGACGUCAUCGGUGCAGCCACAGCGGGACAGACCUACUUCAGAUCCUCCAUGGACGGCACCGUGGACUACAUGGUGAACAACCACAUCCCCUCCUUGGUGCAGAACCGAGUCCGCACCUGGUACACCUACACCUGGGACGCACAGGGCAUGCUGGACGAGUCUGAGCUGCUGGACAAGAUGCCUCUGGUGAUGAGAACCGCAAUUGCUGUUGACAUCAACCUGACCACCUUUCAGAAGAUAGAUCUUUUCAAGGGCUGUGACCAGCAGAUACUGGUGGACAUGUUACUGAGGCUCAAGUCUAUCGUCUAUUUACCUGGAGACUUUGUCGUAAAGAAAGGCGACAUCGGCAAAGAGAUGUACGUCAUCAAAAGUGGAGCGGUGCAGGUGGUGGGAGGACCUGACAACAGCAUCGUGUUCGUCACACUGAAGGCCGGCUGCGUGUUCGGAGAAAUCAGUCUGUUACAAUCCUCCAAAGAUGGAGGGAACAGGCGGACAGCUAACGUCAAAGCCUACGGCUUCGCCAACCUGUUUGUCCUGGAGAAGAAGGACCUGUUUGACAUCCUGGUCCACUACCCGGAGUCUCGGAAAGUGUUGGCCAGGAAGGGAAAGAAACUCAUGAAGGCGAAGGGUCCAGCAGCAGCUAAAGCCGAAGAGGAAAAGAAGAAAGGCCUGGCGCUGUCCGGACCCAGACCCCCCACCCCAUAA